AAUAGCAUCGAGCCUGAACCGGCUGCUGAUGGGGAUGAUCAUGUUGAGCUAUAACACUGUCGACUAGAAGGGGAUCGUUGCUUCGAAAAUGGCCGCGGGAAAGUAAACGAGUUGCGGAGCGAGCUGGCAACUGGCAAGUUGUUUUUUAGGUUUUCGUGGCAGCGUUUUCAACGCGAAAACCACUUCAAAGUAACCAAGCCAGAGCCAAUUCGAAUUUUUGUGAUAUUAUGCAGUGAAGUCAAAAAAAGUGUUCAAAAAAAAAAAAAAAAAUUCAAAAAAAAAAUUUCAAUAGUUGCAUCAAAAAAUAAAUUUUAUUGCAUCUAUUUCCUCGUGGUAUAUUUAUAAAACAGAAGAAUGCCCGGCUCAAACAACAAUGAAAUUCACGGGGAGAGGGGCAAAGAUCAAGGCUCAUCGGUAAGGGGGGAACUGCAUUCCAGAGUGGGCGGCAUUCUGGAAUGCAAUCCCCCCAGUAAUCGGAAUUCACCCAGCAACCAAACGACCAUUACAGACGGUUUGUGCCACUAUGAUACUAGGGCCAACAACGGCGGUAUGACUUUCGUUGAAAUUUGCCAGAAUCGACUGCAGAAUUAUUUCCCGCAACUAUCGACUCCAACUCGAUGCAAUAUUCCUGAGGAGUCAAUAGAAAUGACUGCAGAGUGUUUGGCAAAUGAUGUGAUAAGGUAUUUGUUAAAAGAAGAUAUUUAUCUCAUAUCAAGGGGUCCAGUGUCACGAAGUAUGCGUCACAAUGUCUAUCAAAUGCUCAACAAACAUAGUAUACUUUUCACCAGUAUGGUGAAUCGCUUAAACGUCGUACCGGAUACAGCAUAUGAGGCUUUCAUGGGAGUUGCUGAUGAAUUAUUCCUCAAUGGUGGCAUUACAUGGGCAAGAAUUGUCUGUCUCUAUGCAUUUAUGGGACGUCUUGCACUUUGGGCGAGAGAUAGAAGAAUGCAUGCUUUGAAGACAAAAUUACCUUUAUAUAUCUCGAGAUACAUUGGAGAAGAUAUAGUGUACUUCAUUAAAGGUUAUGGAGGCUGGGAACAACUGUGCAUUGAAUAUCCAGUAACAGAGGAAAUGAGUGGAGCAAUUUGGAGAAGUCUUCUGAUGACGGGUGCAACUCUUGGAUUGAUCGCAACAAUUUUAACUGUCACUUCCUGAAACGAAGUGGGAAAAAUACUCAUGCGAUUUAUCUGGAAAAAAAUGUAUUAUCGCGUACUUAUAUCCUGUGAUCAUUACCUUUAAAGAUAUUUUCGAAUUAUGAAAAAAAAAAUUAUUUAUUAAUUUCUUAUAACGUAAAAGUGUUGUGAAAUAUUUAUAAAUUCUCUUAUUUUGAUAGUUAUUUUAUUUGAGAAUUUUUUAAUUUUCUUUUUUCUUUUCCAUAUAAAAGAAGAGCAAUACAAGUACAAUAGAAGUGCAAAUAUUAUGUUUCAAUAUUAAGAAAACUUGAUGAUAAUAAUCAGUAUUUCAUUUGUCAAAACAGAAAUUUAAUUUUUUACAGCCUCAAGUACAGUAUUGUAUUUAGAUUUAUAAAGAGCAGAGGCUUAUUUUUUAGUUUUUUUUUUACUAAAUUAUUAGUGAUUUUAAACAUAUAGAAAUUAAUGAGGAAUUUAAGGUAAUGUAACUUAAAGAAAAAUAGUUAGUAACUAAAGAUUUUAAAGACUGUUUUUUAUUAGCAAAAAUUUCUCAAAAAUUAAUUCACGGUCCAUUUAGAUAUUUGAAAAUUUAUUCAACUUAUAUAGGUAGAAAAGCAAAAUAAUUUGUAUUUAUUUUUUUCUAAUUUAUUUUAGGUAGAAAUAUAUAAAAUAAUUGAAUGUGAAGCGAAAGCUUAAUAUAGGUAGAAUCAAUUUUUCCAAUUUUAUUUUAUGAAUAAGAUUAUGAAGCGAAGCAGUGUCUAUUUUUACUAUUGUAAAAAAAAUUAUACACGAUUAAUAAGAGUAUAAAAGAUGGUUAAGAUAAAUUUUUACGACAGAUUAUCCAAACAUUAUUGUGAUGAGAAAAAUUUUUUAAAGUCUUUUAUAAAUUUUGUAUACUGAUU